UACUCGUCUUUCUCCACCUGGCUUAUUUCACUGAGCAUAAUACCCUCUAGUGGAGCCCAACUCUUAAGCACUGUGCCAUUCAAGGGCAGACAGCAUAGCUUGGUCACAUGGGUGAAAGUCUCAUAUAAUCAGAACUGCCCUUAAGGAUAUUUUAGGUGAUAUGUUGGAGAGGCUUGCAUGUGACCUCUCUAAGCAAGUUCAACUAAGCUACUUCCCCUUUUACUUCCAUUGAGCCUCUGAUGAAACAGUUCCUAAGACCACAUAAAGGAAGAGCAGGUUCAUGUCAUAUGUCUCAGGUUUACCCCUUGGCACAUGCUCACUGAGUGGAAUGAUUGGUGGAAUUACCUGGGAAAAGAGGGUUCUCUUUUCUUCUUUGCCCAGCUGUGCAUGCAUAGUUUAAUUUAUAAGUUAAAUGUUUUAAUGACAUGGCUUCUUUGUACUGCCCUUCAAAUUCAGGCUUAUUGUGGCUCUCAAAACUUAGGAACUUGACAAGCUACAUAAACUUAUCCCACAAAUUCCAGAAGAAAUGAGUCUUAUCUGUGAGUCAUGAGCCAAAAAGAGUAAAUGAUCCAAAAUGUUUUGUAACUGCUCCUUUCCUGGUACCCAUGAGUUGAUCACUGAAGCCCUUCUAGAAAACUAUCCCUCAUGCCAUGUUAAUAGUUGCAGAAAGGAUUGAACAUGGUUGGGAUUUCCCUGUCAUACCUGUAUUUCAUCCACAUUAUCGGGAGCCUCUCAAGUGACAUAGUCAAAAUGCCAGCACUGGGUGAUGGAAGCAGGACACUUUGAAGCCUAAAAAUAGAAUGUAGUUCUGGAAAUCAUCUUGUUCUUCCUGUUUACUUCCAUAUUUAAGCCUCCCUAGCUCCUGAGUCUCUUUUAACUUCCUCCCAAGCGUCACUUCAGUAAAAUAUGUGCUGAUUCCUAGAAUUGGGGACCUAUCAUGUGUGGAGCUUAUUAAAAUUGCAGAGGCUAGGCCUCUACCCUAGACCUACCCAAACUCUGUGGCAUCUGAUUUUUAACACACUUUAUGGUGAUUCAAGGUUCCUAGGCCAACAUUUGAGAACCAUUAAAAUGGUGGUUAAGGAUAUGGUGUUGGAAUCAGGCUUACAUGCACCUCAGUUAUCUCAUCUGUAAAAUGAGAGUCAAAUGCCUUGUAGAUCAAAGAGCAAUUAUGAGGGUGAAAGAGAGCACACAGAAAGGUCGUAGCCCUGUACCUGACACAGAAGAAGUGCUCGUUAAUUUUAUCGGUUGUUAUCCUUGCCGUCCACACUCCCGAGUCCAGAGGAAUCACAGGCUGCUGACCAGACCUGGGAGGAAGGAGGAAACAGUUUUGUCAUCACAAUCUCAAACGUUAGGUAGAGCUUGAGGAUUCAGAGCUCCUUUCUUAUCAAAAUGGAAAUGACACAAGGCUCUGGUUAUUUAAAGAAAUCUAAAGGAGGGCCCCUUGGAGAGACAGCUGGGCUCCAACAUCCUCUGGCCUGACAGUCGAAUGUAGCUUUGUCCUCUCAACAUGACUCCGGCAUCGGCCCAGUUCAGUGGAAAUGAAUUAGUUAAACCAGGGAUGUAGCGCACAGGGCACGAAAAGGUAAUUUAACUGAAUUCUCCCUUCCUGGUCCAUUGGGCAUUCACCAUGAGAUAUGCUGAGCACCUCCAGACAAAGAUUAUUAAACACAAGUCAGGUAACUGUUGUUCUUCAUUUCUGGUGCCCCAGAUCCUGUUGUGUCCCACAUCCCCUUAGGCUGAGUUCUGAGCUGCAAUUGGGCUUUGAGUUUGUUUUUCUUUUGUUUUAGAAUGACGUGUCACAUUGACCAGCUGAACACUUGGUAUGAUAUAAAAACUCAUCAAGAAGUGACCAGCAGCCACCUCCUCUCAGAAAUCCAGACUACCCUGGGGACUUUCGGUGUGAAUGGAUUAGACAGGCUUCUGUGCUUUAUGAUUGUCAAAGAAUUACAGAAUUUCCUCAGUAUGUUUCAGAAAAUUAUCCUGAGAGACAGAACUGUGCAGGAUACUUUAAAAGCCCUCACGACUGCUGUCAUCCCCCUAAAAAGCAUUGUAGCAAAUUUGAAUAAAAUUUAUUUUUCUGCCAUUGCCAAAACACAGAAGAUCUGGACAUCUUAUUUUGAGGCUAUAAUGAAGGUUGGGCAGAUGCAGAUUCUGAGACAGCAGAUUGCCAAUGAAUUAAAUUAUUCUUGUCAGUUUGACUCCAAACAUCUGGCAGCUGCUCUGGAGAAUCUCAAUACGGCUCUCCUAGCAGACAUCAAAGCCCACUAUCAGGACCCUUCACUGCCUUACCCCAAAGAAGAUAACACACUCUUAUAUGAGAUCACAGCCUAUCUGGAGGCAGCUGGCAUUCACAACCCACUGAAUAAGAUAUACAUAACAACAAAGCGCUUAUCCUAUUUCCCAGUUGUCAACUUUCUGUUUUUGAUCUCCCAGUUGCCAAAACUUCAGUACAACAAAAACCUAGGACAACUUGUAUGAAUGGAGUUGAAUAGGAAUCAGAUACCACUAGGUGUGGUUUAACUUCUGGUUUGGACACAGAUUACUUCUGUGAGUGAAUUUCACUUCACUUCAGGAGAGUUAUUCAGACUGCAACAGAAAUGUGAUUAGGCUAAAGGGAAGGAUGCACUUGACAGAUUCUUCCUAUCACUUCCAAUAAUGUCAAUAUACAAAAUGGACCAGAAAAGAAGAUGGGAGGAAAGAUAAUUGGGGAAAAGAAAGAGCAAGGAGCAAAAGGAACUGAGGAGAGAUGACUGUGAAGGCAGAAGGCCCUUUGCCAAAACUUGGUGUCCUAACUCUUCAAUAUUUCUGAUGCUAUAUAUUCUAGAUGUUACGUGUUCUCAAAUUGUCCUUCUGGUGAUGGUUUGAGGCUUUUAAUUCUCAGAACAAUGCAUCACUCUACUAUUCAGGAUGGGCGAGAAGCCUUUCUUUAACAAACUGGGAGUUUGGAGAUUUGAAACGUAGGUGGAAAAGAAGAUGCAGUAGACCUAAGACACUUCUCAACAUAUACAGAGAGAGGACAUCUAUGGAAGUUGAAGAUGUGGAAAAUUAUUCCCUUCAGACUUGCUGACAUUAAUAUGGAAUUAUUUAUGAAUAAAAUUAGAUGAUGUCUAGAA